AUGUGCAUGGGCACACAAUGCAUCAUCAUGUGCGCGCACUGGCGCGCUUCGCCGAGGAGCAGGGAGCUGGCCGAGCGCAAGAAAAGCCUCUCCCGCCAGAUCGCCAGUUCCAGGGGGCAGCUCCGGAAGCGCAGCCUCGAGGCGAACGGCCUGCAGCAGAAGCUGACGAGGGUGGAGCAGGAGGAGCUCGAGGCGAUGCAGCGGAGGCUGGAGACGGCCAAGAAGCACGACGAGGCCCUCAGCAAGGUCUCCCGUCGGCAGAGGCAGCUGGAGGCGGAGCUGCGGGAGAAGGCCGCGCAGCUGGGGGAGGCUCGCGGGACUCUGGCGUACCUCGAGUACGCUCAGGAGAUGCUCGAGCGUGGCGUGGCGCUGCCUCCGGCCCACGAGGCCCCGCCGCCGCGCCCGCGGCUGUCGGGCUCCAGCGCCCCCGCGGACAGCUUCGAACAGCUGGGAGGCUCGGGCGCAAGCCACGACGAGGCCGCGUACCUCCGCUUCCAGCUGCGGGAGACGCAGCUGCGGCUGGAGGAGCUGGAGGAGGAGCGCGCGCUGCUCGAGCAGGACGGGGAGAGCGAGAAGAGGUCCCACCAGGACCAGCUGGCCGCCCUGACCGGGGAGCUUCAGAGGGUACGCACGGAGAACGAGGCCCUCUACGCGCAGGCGAUCUCCUCCCGGAGCCCGAAGACCGCGGUAUCCGAGCCGCUCCCGCAGGCUGCCGCGGGUGGCUGCGUGCGGCGCCUCUCCAGCUCGGGCUGCCUCCUCGCCUCCCGCCGCGCCCUCGUCGCGGCCUCGGGCAUGCCGCCGGGGCCCGCCCUGCCCGCAGCGGCGUCCCUCGCCGCGCGGCCGUGGCCCGGCCUCGUCGGGGCCCCCGCCGCGGGCCCGCGGUGCCUGUCGCAG